AUGAAUAUGAAUUAUAAACCAUUCAUAGAAGAAAAAACUAAACGAAUAAAUAAAAAAUUAAACUUUCAACGAUGGUUCUAUUCAAUACUAGGAAUUAUAACUAUUUCUAUAAUAGUUCUGCUUACUAUUGAACAAAUUCGAGAUAUGAAAAAAGAAAGUAAUGAACUUGCAAUUUGUCUGUUGCUUAUUGCUCAUUCAGUUGCGGUACUUGUUUCUAUGCUAUCAACAGCGAUUUUCUGUCGCAUUACCAAUGCUGUUUUAACAACAUUAACCAUCAUACUUCUAUGUGCAUGUACUGGUGCUCAUUUCUACAUUCGCUUUUCGUUAUAUCGUAACCAACCAAAAGAAGAUUUACAUUUAGUAGCCGUUCGAUUAGGUUUUGUAUUCAUUUUAUUAAUCUUAUUACUUCCAUGGACGAUUAUUAUGGUUCACGAAUAUCAAAAGAAUAUUUUGUCGGACAAAAGAAUGCUAAAUCCAAAAUCAACAGCGUUUUCUUGGUUUUUAUAUCUUGAUUUUCUAUUAAUAAGUUCUUUGAUAAUUUUAAACAUUCGUAAUCAAUCAAGCUUUGGUCUUUAUCAUAUUCUCUUUUUAUCAAUCGGAAUACUUCUGGCUUUACUAUGGUUAUAUAUGGGAAUACGCAUGACAGAUAAGAAAACUCGUCAUGGAGUAUUCUCAACAAUUUUUUAUAUUUUAUCGCUAUUACAUAUCAUUUAUUUAGGUCAUAAUAUUUAUGGAGCCGUUACCGAAUAUAAUAUGCUAUUAAAAACCAAUGAAUCAACAUUAUUUUCUUUACUUAUUAUAAUAUUUCUUUAUAAUGGUACCAAUGUGCUCAUUCAUAUAUUAACAAUCCUAAUUAGUUUUAUUUUAAUUGAUAUAUAA